UUUUCAGAGCCACCCACCCUAACUUCACUACACUGGGAAGCAGCAGUUGCAGUUCUCGGCAGCUUUUUGUUCUGAUCAUGGCGUCUUCACCGGGUUCUUGGACUCUUAGUAAAGAUGAUGUCCAUUACAAGCUUCACUUCCGGAUGAUAAACGAGCAACAAGUGGAGGAUAUCACCUUAGAGUUCUUCUACAAGCCACACACCAUCACCCUACUGACGUUCACCAUGAUCAGCAUUAUGUACUUUGCGUUCACCAGAAAUGAUGCUGAUCCUGACAAUAACCUGCGGGUGGGCCUUAUCCUUGUUGUCUCCUUUUUCCUUGUUAUCAGUGUCCUGGCUUUCCCCAACGGUCCGUUUACCAGGCCGCACCCAGCUAUAUGGCGCAUGGUUUUCGGUCUCAGUGUCCUCUACUUCCUUUUUCUGGUGUUCCUCAUCUUCCUGAACUGGGAUCAAGUGAAGCUCUUGAUGUACUGGCUGGACCCCAACCUGCGUUAUGCAACACGUGAGGCAGAUAUUAUGGAAUAUGCAGUGAACUGUCACAUGAUCACAUGGGAGCGAAUCCUCAGUCACUUUGACAUUUUUGCUUUUGGCCACUUCUGGGGCUGGGCCAUGAAAGCUCUGCUCAUCCGCAGCUACGGACUCUGCUGGACCAUCAGCAUCACGUGGGAGCUCACAGAGUUAUUUUUCAUGCACUUACUGCCCAACUUUGCUGAGUGCUGGUGGGACCAGGUCAUUCUUGACAUCCUGUUGUGUAACGGUGGAGGGAUCUGGCUUGGCAUGACUGUGUGCCGCUUUCUUGAGAUGCGCACUUACCACUGGGCCAGUAUCAAGGACAUCCACAGCACUACAGGGAAGAUCAAGCGUGCUGUGCUGCAGUUUACGCCAGCUAGCUGGACCUACGUGCGCUGGUUUGACCCCAAAUCUUCCUUCCAGAGAGUAGCAGGGAUUUAUCUCUUCAUGAUCAUCUGGCAGCUUACGGAACUGAACACCUUCUUCCUGAAGCACAUUUUCGUGUUCCAGGCAUCUCAUCCCCUAAGCUGGUGUCGAAUCCUGUUUAUCGGGAUCAUCACUGCCCCCACUGUGCGGCAGUACUAUGCUUACCUUACGGACACUCAGUGUAAAAGAGUUGGAACUCAGUGUUGGGUGUUUGGGGCCAUUGCUUUCCUGGAAGCGUUAGUAUGUAUUAAAUUUGGCCAGGACCUGUUCUCCAAAACACAGAUCAUGUAUGUAGUCCUGUGGUUUGUUUGUGUGGCCUUCAUUACCUCUCUCUGCCUAUUUGGGAUGGUGUGGCAUGAGCAGAAAUACGGCAUGAGGUUGAAGAGCACGUCUGAUUGUGACGAAAGCAGUUUGAUUGACUCCUGUGGUUACGUCCCGAACACCAUUAAAGGAAACACUUCCAGAUGUGUUGGUGAAGGAGACUCCAGCAAGUCCCAGCUGUUGCGCCAGAGAACAAGAGGACCGGUGAAGGACAAAGCUAACGGAUCGAACAGCAAACAGUAGCUACGUUGAAGGCAGUGCGUCCACUCAACACGUGGAUAUUACAAAAAGAUAUGAAUCAAAGAACGAUGAGUGAGAACAGAUCAUGAAAAACACUUCCACAGUGUACUGCUAGACACAAGUCUUCAUCACCAAAGGACUAGUAGACAAACUUGGAAAGCAUGUUUUUGGUGUAAAAAAAAAAAGAUUUCCUGGAUGACUUUUACAGUAUUUAGUAACGAGAGAGUGUGAGACUACAGGAUCACCCUGUUUCCUCAUCAUGGCACGAAAUCUGCUUCCUGCUUGAUACACUUUUCCUUCUUUCUCUUUAUCAUGGUGACGAACUGGACAGUUUUGUAGUUAAGGACUUACAAAUGAGGAAAAUGCGAAUGAAUGAAUGAAUGAAUGAAUAUAUUUCGUCAUAUCCGCAUCGUCCUAAUUUGUAAAUAUGAAGAAGCACAUUUUUGGUCAUCUUUAAACAGGGGUAUGUACAGUAUGAAGUUACAUUAUGACGGACUUGACCAGCUAUAUUUCUGUGAAACAGUCCCAACACUUUUUUUUUGGUCUCCUUUUCACAAUUUAACAGCAGCUUCACUGCACUGGCUGAACAUCGUGAACCCUAUGCCUUAGCUAUAUCUGAAUAUUAAAUCAGAUAUAUUUGAUAGACCGAAACAAAGCCUGUCCAAGGUGCACUAUGCUAAAGGUGACUAAACCAGAAUGGGAUGUUCUGUUCAGUCGCAUGCAAAAACAUACAAUUUAGACUGAAUUUGUUUUUCCUUUUUCAGCUGCAGAGCUGCAGUUUCUUCUUUAUCUGAUGAUUUUUUUUUUCUGUACUCUCUUUUUAAGAUCACUGGUUUGGUGUAAUAACUGAUAUGAUGUGUGAUAUUUCUGUGACACGGUGGUGCAGUGGACAGUGUGUACUGUCUCCUCGCAGAAGGUUCCAGGUUCAAACCUUACAGCCUUUCUGUGUGGAGUUUGCAUGUUCUCCCCGUGUCCACGUGGGUUUCCUCCGGGUGCUCCGGUUUCCCCCACAGUCCAAAGACAUGCAGGUUAGGUCAAAUACCCAGCCACUGGGGUUGUGCAAGACGGUGCAUACUUAGUGCCGGUCCCAAGCCCGGAUAGACUGGGGAGAGCUGCGUCAGGAAGGGCAUCCGGUGUAAAACUCUAUGCCAAAGGGGUUGAAAAUCAUUUGGAGUGAAAACCCUGUAUUCUUCCCUUGCCACAAAACUGUGAUCUAUGUGACCUAAUAAAUUAAAUUAAAACUUAGAGAUGGCAUAAAACCUGCUUUUUCUUUUCCGAUAACAAUACUGAUCCUGAAAUCUUGAUAUUGAGUAUCAACUGAUACUGAUAUCCAUCUGAUAGGAAAUGUACAUAACUGAAAAAAUGAUUUACAUAAAACAGCAUGUCUUUUUUUUUUUUAAAUAAAAGUUAAACUCUUUCACUGACGUAGUAAAUACAAUAACUGUAACAAAGUAUACAUAUAGUGCAAUCAAUCUUAACAAAAUAUACAAUGAUGACUCUCUAUAUGUAAACAUUUCCAGUUCUUUAAAAAAAAAAUCCAAAUUCAGUUCCAGUCUUUUACACUUGUUACAGGAUUGGAUUGAAUUAAUUCGUUUUUACUUCAAUAUCUGAUCCACCGUUUUUUGCUGGCAUCAGAUCGAUGCCAUCUUGAGUAAUACUAUCACCUUAUAGCCUUGCUAUGCCUUUUUUUUCUGUUAACUGUAAUAAUUUACAUGAGUCGUUCUUAAUCUUUUGCAUUUGGAGAAUAAUUUACCUGGGGACAGGGGACGCCAGCUGCUUUCUCUGAGCGCACAUUUAUUUUCUGACCAUAAUCCAACAUCUCGAAUAUCUCAUCUCAUUAUCUGUAGCCGCUUUAUCCUGUUCUACAGGGUCACAGGCAAGCUGGAGCCUAUCCCAGCUGACUACGGGUGAGAGGCGGGGUACACCCUGGACAAGUCGCCAGGUCAUCACAGGGCUGACACAUGGAGACAAUCACGCUCACAUUCACACCUACGGUCAAUUUCGAGCCACCGAUUAGCCUAACCGCAUGUCUUUGGACUGUGGGGGAAACCGGAGCACCCGGAGGAAACCCACGCGGACACGGGGAGAACAUGCAAACUCCGCACAGAAAGGCCCUUGCCAGCCACGGGGCUCAAACCCAGACCUUCUUGCUGUGAGGCGACAGCGCUAACCACUACACCACCGUGCCGCCUUAUUCAAAUGUAUGCAAUAAUAUUUCCACUAUUUAUUGGAGCCAUAGACCUUCAGGUUUGGAUUAUAGUAUAAUACACUCACCGGCCACUUUAAUAGGAACUUGUUCUUGAUUCUAAGAUCCCUGUUCUUGGCUGCAGGACUGGAACCAAAUGUGGUCUUCUGCUGUUGCAUGCUGAGCUGCAUUUCUGCUCACCACGGUUGUAAAGAGUGAUUAUACGAGUUACUAUAUCCUUCCUGGCAGCUCAAACCAAUCUGGCCAUUUUCCUCUGACCUCUUUUAUCAACAAGGCGUUUGUUUCCACCCACAGAACUGUCGCUCGCUCACUCAAUGGUUGUUUUUUUUUUCACACCAUUCUGUGUAAAUUCUAGAGACUGUUUUGUGUGAAAACCCCAGGAGAUCAGCAGCUUCUGAAAUACUCAAACCAACACCCAUGCCACAGUGAAAGAGAGUCACACUUUGAGAUCACAAUUUUUCCCGUUCUGAUGUUUGAAGUGAACAUUAACUGAAGCUCUUGAUUUGUAGCUGCAUGAUUUGAUGCAUUGUGCUGCUGUCAAGGGAUCGGCUGAUUACAGAACUGCAUCAAACAGCAGGUGGAUGGGUGUUCCGAAUAAAGUGGUCAGCGAGCGUAUAGUAUAAUAUAAUCAUUUCGAUGAUGUUAACAAAAUUAAAAAAAAAAAAAGCUUGAGAAAUCCCUGCACCCUACUUUGUGUGAGUUUUGAGAUUUCCUUCAGCACAUGUGCAACUGUGGUGAUGCUACUCGAAGUAAAGUAAUAUGACGCAAUUUUUUUUGUACGUUUGUUUGUGUUGUGAUUUUACUGAGUACACAAUGUGAUUUUUCUUGAAAGAAAAUUGUUCUGCUCCUUUGUCUAUUCUUGAUACAAAUUAACGCUUGCCGUUAUACAAAGUCGCCAAAGGUUACGCCAAAAAAUUUGACUAAUAUAAACGGGUGUUUUUCUCACGUUCGUUAUGAUGAUUUGUUGUUAUGAGAAAUUAAUUUAAUGCACUAGAUUAGUGUUUAAUAACUUUGUGUUGUGUGUUUUUGAUUGUUUUUAAACUCGUUGUGAGAAUGUCGAACCUCAUUGUCUGGACUAAUCUACAGUAGCACGAUGUUAAAUAAGUUCUUUAAUGUACUGUCAGCUCUGAGUUUCUCAAGUCUGCUCAGUAGUGCUGUUUCAUUUUUUCCACUUUGGUGCCUUAGUGAAGCAGGAGAAAAAUUUCAUGCCGGUGCUGUGUUAUGGGCUGCAGAUGGUUCAAUGAUUUCGAGGGUUUCCCCUUUAAUGAGUGACCAUUGAGAUAUUCCUGAGAGCCAGAAUAAAGCAAUAUCUUUCGGUAUUAUCUUUUUAAAAUUUUUUUUUUUUUUUAAUUCUUUUGGUAGUAUUUCUACUUGAGGGAAUUUCAUACUUCUUUUUCUAUGUGUGUAAUAUGAUAUCAUGUGCUUGAUUUUUAUUGAUUAACUUGUGGAAAAGGAUUUAAAAACUUUCCUGUUCAGGAAAUCAAUGGGAUUUUUAAGUGAUCACUAUGACCUGACUGAUAUGAAAUUGUAAUGGAUGCAUAAACACUAGAAAGCUGCAACUGAACCAAGUGAUACAACUGUCGAAUUUGUUUAUUGCCUGGAGAAUCACAUUCAAAUCAAACUGAUGCCUUUUUGAACGUCAUGUGAACGAUGAGUGUCCUCACUAAGCUUUUUUUUCUUUUCUUUUUUUUAAAGAAUACACACCGACGUUGUUGUUGCUGCUCUGUCACUGCAUUUCCAUCAGUAUCGGCCAGUUUUAAUGUUCCGUCAAAAUAUCAGUCAGGCCCUGUGAUCACAGUGAAGAUGACUUGUUGGCGUGCUCUGAGUGCCAGCUGAUAUUAAACAUAAUUAUUCAAUAAAGCUCUGAAGAACAAA